CAACUUUAUUAUCAGAGUAUUCAUACAAGGAAUCAGCAUUGAAUUUAGCUCCCAAUAUAUUUUCAAUAGUUGGCUUGUUAGUGGCGUUUUAUAUAGGCUAUUGGUAUGCUGGUUAUUCAAAGCAAUUACAUGAAAAUGAAAUGUGGUUUUCUAAUAUUAAGCAAGUGGAAAGAGAAAUAUCAUUUAGAACUGAAUCAGGACUUUAUUUUUCCUACUAUAAGCAAUUAGUUCUUGCUCCAACACUUUUAAAAGGGAUCCACUCAUUAAUUAAUGAUAAUUUAACUGAACAUUUGUUGACAAUCAAUAUCCUUGAGAGGUUUAAUAUUUAUCAAGAAGUUUUACUUGCUGCAAUAUAUAGGAUUCUGCCAUCAAGUAUACAGAAAAAUUGGGAAUAUGUGUAUUUUUAUAUUGACAAUAUAUUUGGCUUACAUGGAGCCAUGAUGGUGACACUGUUUAUUGCAGCGUGGCUUCUAAGUGGUUCUCCUAUUGCUGGACUGCUUGCUAAUAGUUUUUUUAUAUUUCACAGGCCUCACAUGACACGUUUGUUUAAAACUAUUCCACUACGUGAAAGUUUUUCUUUACCGUUUAUAUUUAUGCAAAUAACUUUGCUGACAAUCUUCUUUCGAAGAAAUGUUAGAGUUUCUUUUGAGAAACCUCUUCUCGUACUGAUAUCAUUGACUACGUUUGCUUACACAAUCACGUGGCAGUUUUCACAGUUUGUCAUGUUGUUACAGUCAUUUGCAUUAUUUGGAGUUUAUGCACUUGAAUUUGUGGAAACGCGGAAGGUAAAAUAUGUGUUUUGGAUAUUUCUGGGCAGUCUUUCUACAACAUGCUUGCUUAUGUUUGGUAAUGACAUGAUCUAUUCUUCACUUGUAUCCAGUUUUUGUAUAGCUUCGUUACUGGUUAUGAAUGUUCAGAAUGCAAAGGUCGAAGGCAGUUUUCUCAAAAAGUUGUUUGUCUUACUUCUCCGAAUCAUUAUAACUUUAAGUUUAACUAUGAUUAUCAGCAUUAUUAUUAAGAAAAUAGCAAAAGUCGAAUCAGACACUCAUGUUUAUAAGUUUGUGAUGACAAAGUUUGGUUAUCAGGAUUAUUCUAUUAUGGAUUUUGAUGUGCGGUUGUAUUUGUGCAAUGGGGGGUUUGAUUUUAUGCCAUUCUCUGAGUUAACAGAUGGAUUGGUUUAUUUGUUUCCUGUUUAUUUUAUAUGCAUGAUUAUUGCUUUAGUAUGUUUGAUGGUAUCUUUUAUUGAGUCACUGAGGGGAGCCCCAGGUGUUUUGUACAAUCAUCCUGAGAUUGUUUUCAAUGUUAUUCUUAAUAUAUUUUAUGCUGUUUUGGCAUUGUCAACACAGAGAAUGAAAUUUUUAUGGUUUCCACAUAUGACUGUUGUAGCAGCUGGUCUGUUCUGCAACAAAAAUGCUUGGAAAUGGUUGUUAGAAAAGUUUAAAGUCAACAGUGUUUUUAUCUGGCUUAUCAACCAUUCUGCACCCAUUAUUAUUCUUGCACUAUUAGUACAGAAGAAACUACCUGGAAUGAAAGAAGAGUUGUCAAAUUUGUUUCAGUUCAAUGAUCCAGACACUGUUGCUCUUAUGAAUUGGAUAAACACUUCUACUCCUCCUGAAUCUUCAUUUACUGGUACUAUGCAAUUAUUAGCUGGUGUAAAACUUUGUACAAGUCGUCCAAUUACUAAUCAUCCACAUUACGAAAAUAAAUUUCUCAGACAGCGUACAAAAGAGCUUUAUCAAAUAUACGCCCGAAGAACUCCUAUUGAUGUUUAUCGAAUUUUGCGCAAACACGGGACUAACUAUAUUAUUCUUGAAAAUAGCAUAUGCUAUUCGUCGUCUUCUUGUACGCUCACAAAGAAUCUAGAUAUUGAAAACGGUCAUGACUUGAAUCCACUUUAUAAAGUACCAAGAUUUUGUGAUGCAAUCAAGCGCGACUCUUCAUUUCAAAGAUUUUUUAAAGAAGUAUUUGUUAACAAUACUUUUUAUGUCUAUAAACUACUCAAUGUUGAUGUUUAAGGUUUUGCUUUUGUUUCGUUUUUUUAAAUGCUUUCACAGUAUUUUCAAAAAUAUUAUUUUGGUUUUGUU